UUUCAUUUCGAACAAGCUGCCAGAAGUGAUUAGGCUCUACAAUACGCACUGGAACGCCUGGCGCUGACAAAGAUUAUCACCCAGGAUUAGUUGCGAAGUAUGCAGGAACGGAGAUGUGAAUCUUGUCCUCCCCUCUCAAACAGAAACAAUGAUCCUGUGGCUGUACUGUAGAUCUGGCUUUCUUUGAUUUCAAAACGUGACAUGACUGUACAUACUCAAUAUUUGAAUUUCCCGCAAAUUUCCAGUGAAAAAUGGAAUCGUAUGAUUAUCGUAUUCCGACAGCAAAUUCUUCUUCUCGCUACGUUCAGUCUCAUCGCGAUGUGGAGGCCCAGAAAGCUGUGGCACUGGAACAGUGUUUGAAGGACAAGCGUCUGGCGGAACAGCUGGCUGGACGAAGUAGUGUGGUGGUGAACGUUCCGCGGUCUUCUCACCGCUACACGGGACUCAUACCGCUGCAAGAUGAGCCGGCAUUGGAUCAGAGCUGCUCGCCUCCUGCGGCGAGCAAAAAAUCGACGAAGCGCUCACCGGCGACAUCUAACCGAGUUGCACCGAAGCCGUCCGCGUCGCGUACAUGUACGUCAAAGUUCCCCGAAGGCUGUGAAAGCAGGGCUGUGUCGGCGAAAAGCAGUUCAGAGCGGACUGGCGCAGGCACAUGUGUCGAGAAGCAUGUCGUGGACAAGUACCUGGCGUUCUGCUCUGCCGACCUUUUCCCUGGCGCCGUUCACAUCCCGCCGCCGAUCAAGACGAAGUCACAGCAAUCAGCCACCACUCUGUGCACCGUUGCCCCACCAGCUACCACUGCAUUUGACCUGUACAAAGCAUUGCAUCCCGCUUGACCUUGACGCUGCUGCCGGUGAAACUAGCCAUCACCAGCCCUGUGUGGGUGUGUAGCAAGGGCACUUGGAGAGCAAGGACACCGUUCCAUGGCGGGCUACUGGAAAAACUAAAUGCCUCGUCCAUAGCACGUCCCUCAUCUCCCGCUGGUCCGGCUUAUGUUAUCCGUGAGGUACGUCGUCUGAGUUGGGUUUGUGUCGCGUUGUGUUGCCAGGAGAUCGCUGCUAUUCUGUGUGGUCUACUAGAGCCUGGACGAAAACCGAGUAUUUACCUGAGCUUCGAGCUGAGUUUUCGCUAAAGCUUCGGAAUUUGCGGGCAGCUACAGCCAAAGCCUGAUCAUGUUCGUGGGUACUUGUCUAGUACCUAUACAUUGCUAUGUCUAACAUAGCUGUUCGCUAUCAUCGCUUCCGCGAUGGGCAGGUCUGAGGUCUGAGGUCUGAGCACCUAUACUGUAAGACAUGUAAUUGUAGGUGCAUUAUAAUGUCGGUGCCAGGAAUCUGCCAGGUGUCAGGUGUAAUGACGUAGAAUUAGGUGACCAGCACUCCCUUCACAUACAGUGCAUACUCUAGUGCCUUUUAGUUGUAAUUUAAAUAUAGGCGCCUGGUUUCUCUACCCAUAUCACCGAAAUUAGAGUUACACCGAAAAUGCCAUGUGUUUAGAGUAUUGUACGUUGUAAUUGUGAAGUCAGAACUGUUGUGGGAUUACUGUCACCAGGUGAUUGGCACUGGUGGUGCUCUACUUUGAUACCCGUGUUCUACUACACGGAUACGCGCUGCAUCUGCCACCCUGGUAUCACAGGCAUGGGGUGGUGGUCUGGCACGAGCGAAACUUCCUAAGCUGGUUGUGUGUGUUCUCAACGCAAUUGUAUAGCCGGUGGUAACGCGGACGUGCGGACUUUACUACUACACGAAUCGUGUGGCCAGCGUCCUGUACGUGUACAGUGAAAGCCGCUUAGUACGCACGGGGUGUAAGACGUACUAUUGUCCAGUGCGUACGUUUAGCAGUUGACGAAAAAUUGGCACACAUGAUUGCAGCGUGGGUGUAGUAAGUACGGUAGUAGGUUGGCUAGGAAGUACUUUUCCGUGCUCGCUUGUGGGUACGUCUUAUCAGGUUUUGACUGUGUACCGAUGACAGCAUGUCACACGGCCAAGGACGCACUGGCCAGCCACUAUCAAGCAAGGCUUGCGUAUACUCUGUACGUGUACUGUGUACUGUGUGUAUUGUAUAGCACGUUAUCUGCUGGUGUAACUUGAAUUUCCGUAAUUUUGUUAGAGAAACUAGGCACCUAGAUUUAGAUAACAUGUAAAAGGCAGUGAAGUAUGCAAUGUACGUGAAGGGUAGGCUGGUCAUCUAAUUUUACAUGACACCUGAAACCUGGUAGGUCCCUGACACUGAAAUUUAAAUACACCUAAAACUGCAUGUUGUACACUAUGUAUGUGCCAUCCGGUGGCUGUGUGAGGGUAUUGCAGGUCACUGGUAUCGUGAACUUGUGAUUCCGCUCUACGUUGCCUUGUGGGUGCGUACCGAGCGUGUGACACUUGUCCGCGGUGCGCCACCCGUUUGCCAGGCCGCGCGCGCACACACACAGCUGCGGCCUGUGCAGAUAGCGGCGUGCGGUCUUGCCGGCCUGUACAGAUACCGGGUAUUUUCUGGCUGGUGGUGUCUCUGUGUAGAAGUCUUUGUCCAUUUGAUUCAUCACAACAGGCAAUGCUAGAAGUCUAUGGCCGGUUGAUUCAUCACCGUUAAUUUGAUCAUCGUAAUAUAAUGCGCACGUUUUUUUUUUUUUGUGAUGAAUUGCUGGUGCGGCUUAUACUCCGGAAAGUACGGUACUUCCAAGUGAUCGUGAUGGUGCAGACAUGACGAACCCGCAGGAACUGUAGAGAAUAAAGUCAGUUCUGAACUGAACACACAUAGUGCACCAUUGGCAAGGGUUAGGUAAGCUUGAGCAUUUUUAUCGCCAUCUACUGAGCUCUGUCGCAAUAUUUUACAUCUACUGAGUAUUGCGAAUUUGUUGUUUUCAUGGUGUCGAUCUGGUAGAAGUCUACACCCGAUCAAGUAACUAUUAGUACAGUACUGGUCAAUGAAAUCCAGCCACGCCUUGCACCAUUACACAGCCCGGUGUUCACAGGUCACGAUGCCCAGCGCGUACUUGAUGGAUGCGACCGGAUUUCACUGCGCAGCACUGUGCUUACAUGCAGUGUCAAGAGUCCGUUUAUGCAGUCUUGCCAGUAUGGACAGUGUGCUAAAGCGUUCUCCAGCAUUCAGGGCACGCGAAAACACUGCAGCUAUGUACACACCCAUGCGUGCAUCACAGGAACAGAUGCACCCGAGCUGCACACCCACUCACCAUGCAUGCAUCACAAGAAGUGAAGAACACACUGGAGCUGCCUGCACAGUGCACACAAACACAUGCAUUGGAGCUGCAUGCACACACACACACACAC